CACAGUACACACGUGUAGCGCGCGCGUAUUACAGUGUGGCAAAGCUAGGUUGCGGGGCGGCUGGUACGGGAUUCGGUUUCUCUCAUCUCGCCAUGGAGUUGUGUCGAAUUACGCGGUGAAUUGACUGCUAGAAAACACUAGAAGUAUCGUAGAACGCGAUUCUUUGUGACAGGGAUUUAUAAGAUGUGAUUUUUGUCAGCUGGUAGAUGUAACAGUCGGCCAAGAUGCCUGGUUUAGUUGCUUUAGGUAGGCGGUGGUCGCUAGGAAGUGAUGACUUGGUGUUACCUGGUUGUACGCUGUUUGUCAUUCACGUUGCCUGGCUGAUUGGCCUCUCAGUCAUCCUAGGUAUUUACAAUCCUACAAGCGAAUCUUGUUCCUCCAACCUUCGUAAUUACAUCUUGGGAUACAUAGUGAUCCUGACAGCAUGUCUAUUUGUAGAGGGCUUGAUUGUCUUUGUCAGCUUAAGAGGCACCAUAUUCUACACACGUCCCAGAUCUUACAUGGAGUAUUUGCUGUAUGGCCGGACAGUGUUACUCCUACUGUGUUCAAUCUGGACCAUUCUUGGCAUUGUCUGGUUAGCACAGUCAUACUCACAGUGCAAAGUCCUGGCCAUCAAAAGCUCAGUACUAGGUAUAGUGCUCUACAAUCUCCUCUUAGUUAUCCUCAUCCUUGCAAGAGCCUGGUGCCUUUAUGACUCGGCCGGUCGUAGCUUCGUUCAUCUCAAACGGACAGAGAAACAGUGUGCAAUGCGCCGCUCAGCCAGUAGAGUGGAAAAAAAUAGAGUAGUACAACUCAAAACAAGAGCAUUGUAUGAGCAGAAUUGGCAGAAACGAUUCCACCGUUACUGCUGCUGCAUACAAGUUCAAGAACCCCAGGAGAGCGCCUUCACAGAGAUUGCGCUUCUCUUCUCUGAUUUCUUUCGUGACUUGGACAUUGUUCCAUCAGACAUCGUGGCUGGUUUAAUGCUCCUGAGAGAGGAGCAAAAGCAGAGCCGGCGAUCAGUGGAGCAGAAUCCUAACAAUAACAUCCUUAAGUUCUUAUCUGGAGUGCCCAUCACGCCAGACACCAAGUUUGCUGAUUUCAGUAACCAUGAUGAAAGCCAAGAAUUUGAGGAGUUGAUUUAUUACUUCAAGUACGCAGCUGCAGCAUAUGGUUGGCCUGUCUAUGCAAUGUUCCAUCCAGGCAAGGGAUGUUGUCAUCUCAUUGGAAGAUGUUUGUGUUGCCGAUCUGCAAAUAGCUUUGAAUAUCUGGACUUAACCGAUGACAGCUGCUGUGGAUGCAACUUUACAGCCCUCAAGAAGCUCAGCGGACUUGAAGAUGCUGAUGUCGUCUAUGCUACAUUCCACUCAGCGGUUAGUAACCGGCUCCAUGAGAACCCUCACAGUCUCAGCACUGAGUUUGGGCUGGAUACAGAAGGCCUGACUCUGGUUGGGGCAACGGCUGCUGAUAACAAACAGAGCUCCAAAGGAGGAACCAUGACUUACGAGUCCGGAAUUUGUCUAGAAACAAGUUUGACGUUCCAAGAGGAGAUGGAUGAACGUUGUCUAAGAGAAGGCAAAGUCAGCAGAGGAGGAGGAGGUGGCCCAGUGAACAAACGAGGGUGCUGUUGCAAGGGCUGUGCACGUUGGUCAUUUCCAUCAUGCAUGGCGUGUCUGUGCCUACCCACAUCCUUAAGUUGUCCCCCUUCCCAGCAUUCAUCUGUCACCAACAGUGCUGAGAAUGUGGAAUCAGCCUCCACGGUGUGGGAGACCCCAUUCUAUGUUGCUUUAGACCACUCUAGACGUAAGGUGAUUGUGGCAGUACGAGGUACAUUAUCAAUGCAGGAUUGGCUGACGGAUCUAUCUGCUGAUAUAUCUGAGAUUCCACUGGACAACUGCCCAAAUGAUUGGUUUGGCCACAAGGGCAUGGUUGGAGCAGCAGUAAACAUUAAGAAAAAACUCCUAGAUGAGAUGAUUUUGUCAAGGGCAUUCUCCCACGAUCCUGAAAGAGGUUCUCAGAACUACGACCUGGUUCUGGUUGGUCACUCACUGGGAGCGGGCACAGUAUCAAUACUCAGUAUCCUGCUGAGACCAGACUACCCUAAACUACAAUGCUAUGCCUACUCACCUCCUGGGGGACUGCUCAGUAUGCCGGUUGUCGAGUACACCAAAGAGUUUGUGACAUCUCUUGUCAUUGGUAAAGACAUUGUUACAAGGGUUGGUCUGUCACAGAUGGAGUGCUUACGAGCAGAUCUUCUGGACUGCAUCAAGAGAAGCACAGACACAAAGUGGAGAAUCAUCUUUGAUGGCUUACUUUGCUGUCGGGAAAUCAACCCUAAGAAUCUGACUCCUCGAGACUCAACUGACUCGUCACCGUCUCCUCCAAGAAUGACCAAAGCUGUUCAUCCUACCAACCUGUCGCUUCUACUCACCACCCAUAAUCCUUUGUACCCACCGGGCAGGAUCAUGCAGAUUGUUCGGACCAAUCCAAAGAGAGAAGGACUGGACAAGAGAGACUGUGCAUGGUUUGCUGUAUGGCGUGACAACACAGCCUUUGAUCAAGUGUUGAUAUCACCAGUCAUGAUAGGAGACCAUCUACCGAAGAAUGUUAUGACUGCCUUACACAAGUGCUUGCAGUAUGGGAGACUUCAUGGCUGUCCAAAUAUUUCUGGCCAGCAGGGCAAUAGACCAUCAAGUUCCCCUCAUCGACAGCUAAAGAAGGGCAGAGAUAAGAUGGAGACUCCAUCCUCUGGUCAGUCGUCACCAUCAUCUUGUCUUGUCUUGAACCCUAGAAGCUAUGGUGACACUGGGCCUGAUAUGAACAGCAAUAUGGUCCCUUCAGCUAGCCAAGUGAAGACAGGCCCACAAUCCACGCUGAAUGUGCCACAAAGUCAUCUUGGUUUGGGGCACCAGACUGGUAUGCAGAGAACAGCGAGCUCUUCCCCGGUUUAUGCAUCAUAUGAAAGUCUACCAAAGACCCCAACAGCUGAUGGUAGAGCACCACUUGCCCGCUUUGAUACCAUGUCAGAGGUGGGAUCAGUGUCGUCGUUUCAUAGUGCAACAGUGGAGGAAGUAAAGCCACAGCAAACACACAGAAUGCAUGAUGGUUACUGCUAUUAUGUGGAUGAGGAUUUAAAAUCUCCUGUGAAUUCAUUUCAGCUGCAUCCUAGAAUUGACAACAGUCCCAAUUCAAACACUAACAAUCAAAUUGUCACAACAGCAUUUGUGGAGCCCAAGCCAGAUCGAACAAGUACCAGCUUAUCAGACAAAGUUUUGCUGCAUCGGGAUGGAAGUACCAAAGUCAUGGAUCGCUAUGGCAACUUGAAAGGUAGAACAUCCACAAAUGAUCGCUAUAGGUUGACCUAUGAUAGUGGGUCACAGAGUUCAGUGAACAAAGAUCCUACUGUUCGACCAGAACAACUCAGCCUGAUUGAUAAGAAUGAACAUAGCUUUGGAUCAACAGAGAAUUUGUCAUCAGACCAUAGUUCCAGCUUACCAGAGGCUCUCCUUGGUCAGGCAUACACACAUUAUCACUCCCUCUCUAUAGACAGUAGUAGUCCUGACUUUGAAGAUGACAUCCCCUCCCCUAUCCCCCACCUUCAACAAGAUGGUACAUUCCAACAUGGUGGUGUUCCCAUGGAAACCACAGGGCUCCUACAUAAGCGAAAUGACAGCAGUGUUGUCACCAUGGAAAUGGACCAAGUCCGUGAUGCUGAGAGGAAACAAGGCCCCAGCAUGACUCCAUCUGAUAGAGUGAGGCUUUUACGAGAAAAAUAUGGGGAGACAAAAUGUUAAUAGACCAGAACUAGGUUACAGUUUCUAACAGAAUGAAAAGUUAAAUACUAGUUGCUUUCUUCAUAAGCAAAUUACAGAUCUUCCCCUGGUGAUUGUAAAAUUGCAUCUCACAGUAACUGCAUGAAAUGUUUUAUUUGUCACUAAGAAAGUACUAUACAUAAUCAGAUUUUUAAAUCAUUUCGCUGUUGCAUUAUUUAAGUUAUUUAUGUCUUAUAGAGAAGUUGCAUUUUUAUGUACAUAUCAUUUAUGUACAUCUUCUUAUAGUUUCUUUAAAUGUACAUUUCUGAAUAAUUUGUUUAUUUGGGGUUGGACUUUUAUGCAUAUUUGAUCAUUUUGUCUUUCGUUUCUGACUUUCUGAUACAAAGUGCGAGCAACUCCUAAACUACAUGUCUGUAAAGAUAUUUGACUCAAGUGUAAAUUACAAGUCAUGAUGCAACUAAUAGCCAACUUUUUUCAACUUAAUGCUUCUAAACUUAUUUGAACAAAGUCAUUUUCAUUCACUGAGGGUCAACAAUUUUGGAAACAUCUCUGUGAUACCUAAUUUGAUUCCAUACGUUAUAGUGCCCUUGGUCUGUAUAUUGUGGGGGGGUUUUUAACGUAUAGUGUUUCUGAUGAGACAAUUAUUCCGAGUUUCUCCGAGUUCCAUAGUCAUAAUCAAAUCACUUCUACCUCUGCUUUGUAUAUAUGGCGGUCAUGAUUUAUGAAGUGAUAUUUCAACAGAAACAUUUGUCCAAAAGAGUGAAGAAAUACAUUUUGUUCAAACCUAAACACUCUGGAAAUGUUGGAAUUCUUCCCGGCAGAUGCAGCUGCUGAUCAGUACUGCCAUUUUUUCCCGUGAAAUUGAAUCAAAUGUGCCUUAUAAUCAUCAAAAUAAUUGUGCAUACCCAAAAUAUAAACACGAUGCGUUUGAAUUCCGACAUCUUUUUUUAUGAAGGCUACGGUACAAUACUUUAGAGUUGCCUAAAUCUGUGUGAAAUCCUUUGAAAAUGAACCAUUUGCUGUGGCAACAAUGAAUGGAAUCAGUAUGUUUAUACGUGUUUGUUGAGAAGCAUUUCAAAAUUUUACAGUUUGUAAACUGAAAAGGCUUUAAAGAUGUCCUUUGAGAAUAGAAUUUAGUACAGUGAAAUAUAGAAGGUAACAUUUGCAACUCUAGUGUAACUUGGUUUGUCUCUUGUAUUACAUUGGCUAUUCCUUUGAAGAUAUACAUACAGUGUACUUCAAAUGUAGUUUCUGCACUGCCAAACUGCAUUGGUCUUUGUUGGAAAAUUUACAUGGCUUUUGAAUGGUUUAUUUGAAAAUACUGGUACGUGUGUGUGUUUCCUUAAAGGGUUUAGUAAACUUUGCCAAAGAAUAUUAAAGUUUAACCUUGUAUGUUAUUUAUGUGUGUUUUGUAUUUAAUAGCUUUUCAAAUUUUGAAAAUGAAAGCGGUUCUCAGCAUUACCGUUCAGUGUUUUAUGAUGUUGAAGUCAAGGUAUUCGGUAAAAUUCUGGAAACAGUAGAUUUUUAUGGGUAAUGAAGGUGAUAAACAACCAGCAUAGAACGCCAUGUUGAGUACCAAAGUUUGUCAAUCCACAUAAUUAGGUAUCUUUAUUAGGUUUAUAAAGGGCUUCAUGUAUUGUAAUCUGUUAUUUAUAUUCUUGACCAAAUUAAAUCUCAUCACCAUGAUAUUAGAGGGAGCAAUUCAAUGGAUCCAUUAUGCACGCCAAUUUUCUUGGUGAAGUAAAACGAAGACUGGAACCAGUACAUAUCCAGUUGGAUGCAUUCUGCUUUUCACCUGGGUUCAGUCUCAUGGCUGUGCUUACCACAGGAUUCUGCGCUUAAAGUCACAAUGCUGAGCUUACAGGCCCAACACAAAAAUUCCUUGCUAACCUGUGAAAUACGCUAACCGGUAGCUUUCUGCUAUAGUUAACUGUGAUUCUUCAGUAAUGCAAAGCCAUGAAAUUGGGCCCUUUUGUGUUCAUGUAGUUCAUUGGAUGUUAGGGAAUAUUUUCCAUGAUUUCUAACAUUUAGAUGUACUUACCAGUUACAAUGUACUUUGAAAUUUCCCACUUCACAGUCUCUGUGGUUUACCAUAAAUUACAAGUUAUCAGUUCUCAUGAUGCGGAAUAAUAAAACUGUUUAUUAAUAUGAA